UAAAAAAUUGCAAUCAUUUUUCUAAUUGGUCUUCUAGUUAUUUUGUUUCUCUCUCUAAUUUUCCCUCUACCUUUGAACACUCGAUGUAUCUAGCUAGUCGCCGGCUUUUUACCGGAUCAACGCCGUCAACGGCGGCGGCUGCGACGGCGCUGCGUUCAACAUGGCUGAGAUUUUACUCGUCUUCGUUUCGUGAAGAGCGUGACACUUUUGGGCCUAUCAAUGUUCCCUCUGAUAAAUUGUGGGGUGCUCAAACUCAGAGAUCACUACAGAACUUUGAAAUUGGUGGGGACCGUGAACGUAUGCCUGAGCCUAUUGUUCGAGCAUUUGGAAUCUUAAAGAAAUGCGCUGCCAAGGUGAAUAUGCAAUAUGGCCUUGAUCCAACAAUAGGAAAUGCAAUAAUGCAAGCUGCCCAGGAAGUGGCUGAGGGAAAAUUAAAUGAUCAUUUCCCUCUUGUAGUGUGGCAAACUGGCAGUGGCACACAAAGCAACAUGAAUGCCAAUGAGGUUAUUGCGAACAGGGCAGCUGAAAUCCUUGGACAUACACGUGGUGGGAAAUUUGUGCAUCCUAAUGACCAUGUAAAUAGGUCACAGUCCUCUAAUGACACUUUCCCAACUGUGAUGCACAUUGCAGCAGCUAUGGAAAUAAAUUCGCGAUUUGUGCCAAACUUGAAGAAUUUACAUUCUUCACUUCAUGCUAAAUCUGUUGAAUUUAAAGAUAUAAUUAAGAUUGGGCGUACUCAUACUCAAGAUGCAACACCUUUGACUCUUGGCCAAGAGUUCAGUGGCUAUUCUACACAAGUCAAGUAUGGAAUCGAUAGAGUUCUACGCACUCUGCCUCAUAUGUAUCAGCUUGCACAAGGAGGCACUGCUGUAGGGACUGGAUUAAACACAAAGAAAGGGUUUGAUGUUAAGAUUGCUGAAGCUGUUGCUGAAGAGACCAACUUACCGUUUGUUACUGCUGAAAACAAAUUUGAAGCAUUGGCUGCCCAUGAUGCUUUUGUUGAAACAAGUGGUGCUCUCAACACUGUUGCUGCUUCUCUAAUGAAGAUCGCUAAUGAUAUACGAUUUCUAGGAAGCGGUCCACGAUGUGGUCUUGGUGAAUUAAUUCUUCCAGAAAAUGAACCAGGGAGCAGUAUUAUGCCUGGGAAGGUUAAUCCUACACAGUGUGAGGCUAUAACUAUGGUCUGUGCUCAGGUAAUGGGAAACCACGUAGCAGUAACUGUUGGAGGCUCAAAUGGUCACUUUGAGCUAAAUGUUUUCAAGCCCCUCAUUGCAAACGCUCUUCUACAUUCAGUGAGAUUGCUGGCGGAUGCAUCUGCUUCUUUUGAGAAGAAUUGUGUUAGGGGAAUUCAAGCCAAUACGGAGAGAAUUUCUAAGUUGCUAAAUGAGUCGCUUAUGCUUGUGACAGCUUUGAACCCUAAAAUUGGUUAUGACAAUGCUGCUGCAGUUGCCAAAAAAGCACACAAAGAGGGAACUACAUUAAAGGAUGCUGCGUUGAAGCUUGGAGUUCUUACAGAGGAAGAGUUUUACCAGCAUGUCGUGCCUGAGAAAAUGAUUGGUCCCUCUGACUAGUGCUGAAGAAAUUUUUUAGCUUGAAGCAUACUGUUGACUGAAGCCGAGUAUUUUUACCCAAUUUUGUCGGUUGAUCCCAAUUAUAAAGUUGGAUUUGGGAAUAAUAAUCCAACAACAAUGCAACGCAAGCAAGCAUAUUGUGGCUUUCUUAUUGAGUGGUCUGGGGUUUUGCUGGUUUGUUAGAGCAGGCACAAUGUUGGAUAGUCAUUUAACAAGGAGAAAGGCCCCUUAUUGUUUGAUUAAAGUAAUAAUGAAAUUGCAAUCCAUCAUUUAUCUUCCAAUAUCAUUUGGAUUCUGAUCUA